GGCUCAGGGCAGUAGAUCAAAACGAGGACGGCGCAUCAUUACACAAUAUUAUAAAUGGCAUUGCUUUUAUAACAUGUAUUUAUUUAUUUUUCUAACUUGUUUAUUUGUUAUUAAAUAAAUGCUUAGUGUUGCAUUUCUAAAGAUAAAGUUAUGCAUCAACUAUGACAACCUCUGGAUGUUUUGCCUUUUUUAUUGUGGUAUAUUUCAUCUUAUUUACAUAUUUUUGCCUACUUCUACUACAUUUACAACUUGAGUGGACAUCUGAAUAGGUGACCGUGUAUAUGCUGCACUAGUGUAACUAUGCCAUCAAAACCCAUGUAUAUGCAGGAAACAUGUAUAAUUAGAAAAUAAAUGCAAUAAAUUGUAAUUUAGAAAAGAGCUAUUUUUAAUGUUUUAAUAAUUAUUUUAAUAACAAUGCUUUUGACUGAAGCAAUCCAAUCUGAACUAAUUAUUUUAUGGUGUGGCUUAAUUGAUUUUAAUUGCUCUCUCUUUACGUUAUAUGGCAGCAGAUCUCUUAAUGUGGCGAGAAGUGUGUUUACCUCCAUCACUAAGCGACAGGUGUGCUCAUCUUACCAGCUGCUUUAGAGAGAGUUCAUGUAUACUGUGCCUGUUAGUGAGUGAGUGUAUCCACUGGGACAAGCCAUUUAGCACACAAUACAAUCCUUUAGAUGUCCACAGAACAGAAUAAUUCAAUUAAGUGGAACACACGUUAACUCAACAGUAAACAGACUUUAAAAUGGCAUUGGCAAGUGGACACUGGAUUGACAAGGAAAUUGCAGGAGUAGCCCCGAGCCCGAGGUGAGCGAUACAACUUUCUUUGACUGUCUCAAACCUUCACAGACGUGAUCAGGAACAAGAUAUGCUCAUGCGAUUACUGUAGUGGGAAAUAUUGCCUUCUUGUUUGGAGGAGCGUCAAACGUAAGCACAGAGGAAUGUUUCCCACUGUAUCUUAAUGACUUCUACAUGAUCACAGUUUCAGCAAAUCGUGUGACGUGGGAGCAGAUGCCUCAGAAAGGAGACAUUCCCACGGCGAGAGCAGGACACUCACUGUGUGUAGUUAAAGGAAAACUCUACUUGUUUGGAGGUUCUUCCCAUCCCGAAGCUAAAGAAUGUCUGGCAGGUGUCUACUGUUUCGACAUUGUGACUAUGACGUGGGAAAAGCUGCCCACUGCUGGCGUGUCUCUGCGGACAUUGAAACACAGUUCAGCAGCUCUAGGAGAGAAUAUCUAUGUGUUUGGAGGCAUUCAGGAUGGAGUCCCUACAGAUGAUCUGAUGAUGUUUAACACAGUGUCAGUGAAUUGGAUGCCCAUCAAAACUACUGGCGCUCUGCCUUCAGAAAGAUAUAAUCACUCACUUGCUGUAGUGGGUGAGCAGAUAUUCUUGUUUGGUGGUUGCUCAGAGGACGGCUCGCCAGUCAAAAACAUAUAUGCUCUGAAUACAGAGAGCCUGGUCUGGGAACAGAGUAAAGUGAAGGGAGACUCUCCUGUGGUUUGUGCUGGUCAAACUUUUACAUCACAUCAUGACAAGGAUAUUUACUUAUUUGGAGGAACAGUCAAUAAUCCAGAUGGAGCAGAAUCAUCGGCCAAUGAAAUUUACAAAUUAAGUAUUGCAAAGAUGAAAUGGAAGGUACCGCUGUAUGUGGGCAUCCCUCCAGCCAGACGUCACGGACACACAGCGUUCAUUGUCCAUAGCCACCUUUAUGUGUUUGGAGGCAGAAAUGAAGAGCAAGAAUUCAAUGAUUUGAAAAUAAUGAAGUUAAUCAAUCCUUCAGAAAGACAGCCAGUGAUGAAAGAGAUUCUGUCUGAGUUUGGACUGCAGGGCGUCAGUAACAGUUUCACUCCGACUAAGAUUCCUAAUGUGAAGUACGAGCUCAGUCAGUCUCCAGUGACCGUAAAAAACUACACAAAUGAACACAUUCAGGUGACGGCUCAUAGAGAUUUCACAGCAGUGCGUGAUGAGGCCAUGAGCAUGAUCCACAAAGCUUUUGCCAUGUUAGAUGAGGAAUUCCAAAAACUAGACCGAGAGAAGGCUGCACUCGCACAGGACACAAAAGUUCUACGUAAUGACAGGGACGCUCACAAUGAGCAUCUCGUAAAACAUAAACAGGAACUUCAGGACAUGUUGGAGAAACACAAAGCUCAGAACGAGGCCUGGCUCCGCGCGCGAGCAGACGAGAAUGACAAGGAGAGGAAGGAGUUGUUUAAACUGAGGGUGUGUGAGCUUCUGGAGGAGGUGCUUCACGAGCAGGAGAGGCUGAAAGAGGAGCAGUGCAACAUCCAAAAACGCAGCGAGCAGCUCCUGUCCAUUAUGCAGCAGUUCAAAGGCAUGUGAAGACACUGUCUCCAUGGCAACCACAGAGGGAGACGGCCGAGUUUUGUUUGGGAAACGGCGAGAUUAUUGAUGCCACUCCCUUUUACUGGGAUUUGGGGGGUUUAUCGUCUGUCUGGAGGUUUGAUGAUUCUGCCGUGGGUGUAAAUGGAUGUCAUGAGAUAUAAAGACGACCGGAUUACCAGAGCUAACAAAGAACAGCAUCAAUUUAUGACCGGUUCGAAAGGAAAGGAUGCUUUAUAACAGGUUCUUUCUGAAACAUAAUGAAUGAAAUCUGUUUGACGCCAGUUGUUUAUUUACAUUACAAAAUCCUGAAGCCUCUGGGUCGGUGAAAAUUAUUGUACUGUCAUGACCACAUAUCCUGAAUUUAUCUGUCCUUUACACUCCAUUACACUAACAAAUAAAAUAUUUACAGUAUAACAUUUGGAUUGACUUUUAACUCUACAUUCGUCAUCCUAAAGACAAUUUGCAUCUUUUUAUCAUUUUUAGCAUGAAUUGUACGAUAUUAAUUAAGUUUAUAACAUAUGAAAUAUAUUACAUAAUCUCACAGGUGAUCUAAUAAUCAUCUCAUGAC